AUGCCUGCAGACAUCCUCGCUAUAGGCUCCUGCGUCUUGGACAUUAGCUGCAUACACAUUCCAGAUGAUGAGUUGAAGCCCGCCCAAGGGUCCUCCAACCCAGCAACAAUCACACAAUGCGUGGGCGGCGUCGCGUAUAACAUGGCACUGGCAGCCCGUCGCGCUGGCGCAUCCGUCACUCUAUCAACAGUCAUAGUGGACGACCAUAACGGCAGUUUUAUUUUGAAAGAUCUAAAAGAAGAAGGCCUGUCGACUGAAGGUGUGCUUAAGCUUGAUGCCACAGACGGAAACACAGGAACGUAUAUUGGGAACUACGACGUAGAGAAGAACCUCAUCUUUGGCAUGGCAGAUGUGUCCAUCAUGCAGCAUCAUGCGCUGCAUUAUAGGCGCCAUUGGGAGGCGUUGAUGGAGAGUACCGCGCCAAAGUGGGUUUUGUUGGAUUUGUACUAUCCGGCUAUAGUGACUGCGAUAAUCAUUGACUGUGCUCGACAUGUUAAUGCAAAGGUGCUGAUUGAGCCGGUCUCGGUUCCGCUGGCGAAGCAGUUCAUGAAACCAUUUCCUGGCUUGAUCACCCUGGAAUCAACAUAUCCACAACAUAACAUCGACUUGAUCACGCCUAAUCAGGUUGAAUUGGAAGGGUUAUACAAUGCCGCUGAAGAAAAUGGCCUCUUCAAACCAACAGAAUACAAAGUCAUGCUCGAUACCUUGAAGCAGUCGGUUUCGCAUAACCUUAUAUACUCUCGUCUCCCACGCGCCAUUCAACAGUCUAUCGCACUCCUGCAGUAUCUACCAACGAUCUUGACUACGCUCGAUAAGAAUGGCUGCUUACUGGCGACGAUUGUGCGGAAUGGUACAUCACCUGCUGCUGUUUCUUUACACCAUUUCUAUCCACGUACUGUUGUCGGCGAAGAAGACGUGGUCAGCGUCAACGGAGCUGGGGAUACGUUCAACGGUGCUCUGAUUGCGAAACUCGUCCGAAGUCAGAGUCAUGGUGGAAUUGAUGAGGAUUCAAUCCAGUUUGCCCAGGAUGCUGCUGCUCUCACUGUCCAGAGUACAGAUACUGUCAGCCCGGACAUAAGGAUGUUGAAUUACCAUUAG